UGGUAUCGGUCCUGUAAUUUGUUAAACCUGUUGCCGCGAUAUUUUGUUUAUCGACUCGAACUGAUCAGAGCUAAGUCUGAAAAAAUGGCAGAAAAUGUUGUGGUCGGUGCCGUGUUUGAGAAUUUUGUAGCAAGCCAAGAUCCACAGGUGAUACAGCAAAUUACCGGACAAAAGGCUGAGUCGAGUCCCUCUCUGGACAGCAUCGUAAAAGAAUUACAUGGAAUAUCAAAAAGUUUUGCCGAGUCUCCAGAACGUAGAAAAGUCAGAGCUUUAGCAGAACAGUGCGCCAAUCGCUCCUGGAGUAUCAGUGACUUCAAGACGGUGGUGACGGCAGUGAUGAAGGGGGCGAGCUACGUCUGGGAGGCCAUUGUUACAGCCUUCUACUUCUGCUGGGACGUGCUCUCGAUCAUCGCCAACGGCGUCUGGACCGCCAUCAAAGAGGUGUUUGGUUUCUGCAAGAGCGCUCUGACUGCUGUCAUCACGCCUGUAAUAUCGACAGUCGGCGGCUGGCUGAAUGCCCUGUCUGAAGUGGGUGGUGCUGUUGCCAGAUUCCUACACCUUUGGUAGCUGUCCCAUCACCUGGACCAUCCGUCGAAGUACAGCCACGGAGCAGUAUUUACCACUUGUAGCGUUCCUGGAUUAUUGCUAUUGCUUAUUUGUUUCAAUAAUUUAUGAUUAUUUUUCUCUGAAUAUGUUUAUAACACAUUUCAAAAAGCUAGAAGAUAAAAUAAAUUGUUGCAGUCAUAUUUCUUUCCAAAAAGUAGAUUCUAGAUUGAUGUAGAAGGUAACUAUCUAACUUGUGACACGUAUCGAACAUGUGAUGUUGCGGCUGAUAGUCUAUUAUUUUAAACUAGCGUACCCGUCCCGCGUUGCUGUGGUCUAGUCCUACACACAAGGAUGACAAAUAAUUUUUAAAAUGUUUCAUCGACACGUUACCAAUCAUGUAUUUUUAGACUCGUGACCUAGUUUUCUUAAACUGAGUUAGUUAAAUAUAAAAAGUUCUGAGCUGUAUUUCAUAGAUCAUUCUUGUUGAGGAGCAGAUUUGUCCACCAGAGUUUAUUUCUGACAUAUUUUUAGGAAGGGGUGGGGGGGGGGGCGAGCACUUCUAUCGCACAGAAAUGUAAGUGUGCCACACCCACCCAGAAAGAUGCAACUACCCGCCAUAAAAAAGUCUGAUAGAAACUCUGUUGUCCACAUCACCGCCCAGACGCCCCGUGGGGUGCUGUAUGAAUCACCCUCCAUAAUCCUGUGAUAAAACACUAGUCGGCGACUGUCCAGGGGUCAAGGGCGUCUCGGAGCGCUCUUGAGAGCAACCGGGUAUAUUACCCCUGGGGCGGCGGUUGCGAGGCUUAGUUUGGUUUAGUCAUCGAGUGUAGUAGCCAGACUUUGUCCCUAUUGUGUAGUGCACUUUAAAAUUAAUCGAAAAAAUAACAUUAUUUUAUAUUUAAAAAAUUUCUGUUCGGAAAAUAUACUUACUUCCCUUCAAAAAUACUAUUUGAAAAUAUAUAUGGAUCACAGCUGAAAGGAAAUACACACGUUGACACGUUGCUUAUUUUCUCCAGUGCUUCUUCCAGAC